AUGCCAAGGACGAACUUCGAUGAAGUUUCCAAGGUGUCCAUUCCGUCACAUAGUAUUGGAUCGAAAAACGAUGGAAAGGCUGGGAAGGCCAUUGCACUGCGCUCCCGCAUGAGUCCCAUUGAAGUAUCGGACUAUCACAGUGAGACAAGGAAUUUGCUACGAGUAAGAAGGAAGCAACAACUCCGAGCCGAAAUUCUUGAGGAACUUGAAGAUGAUAAGCUGCAUUGCUGCAGUCGCGCGAUGUUUAUCCGGGUUCUGUUUGUCCUGCUUGUCGUGGCACUGGCAUGGGCGGUCUCGGUGUAUGCGCCGGACUUCCGUUGGGCGAACGGUCCCCCACUGUAG